GCACCCAAGCCUCACCCUGCGGGGGAAGGGAGUUGGGUGGGGGCAAGCCAGGAAGGGAGGAUCUCCGCGGCUCUCCUAAAAUCAAUCAGCAGGCUGCAAGGAGGAAGAGUUUGGCACUUCGCAGGCGAGACUGGGCUUGUUUUCCCCAGCGGGGAUGCCGCUGAACUGAGAGCGGCCGCGCAAGUUGGGGGGACGGAGCCCUUCCCAUCCGCCGCUCCCCAACCCCUUUCCAGCCCCCGCCACCCCUCAAUGAGAGCUCCUGCGAGGGGAGGGCGACUCGGUGCCUGCUAGGGCUGCUUCCCUCCGCCUGCCGGACUUCCACCCUCCGACGAGGAGCGGCGCGCACCCCGCACCCCGGAGAGUUGUCUCGGCAGCUCCGUGCUAUGGCGAGGCUGCGGAGAAGCAAACUAGCCGCUGGAUUUCUAUUACUUUUCCAGUUCCUGUGCGAACGCUACCAGCUCGCCGGCGGAGAGACGCCGAGUCAGAGCCACGGUGUGCUUUAUCAAGUUGUUCAGAGCUUCCCUGGCGUGGAGAAAAACGUGCAAGUGGAUGCAUAUGUAAAUAGCCACAGGUGGAGAAGGCACUCAGAGUCUCUUAAAUCAGUCAGCACUAACAGAGCCAGUAUGGGGCAGGAUUCUUCUGAGCCAGGUGGUUUUACAGAUCUGCUGCUAGAAGAGGGACAUGAGAAUGCCACUCAGAUCGAGGAGGAUACAGAUCAUAAUUAUUAUACUUCAAGGACAUAUGGCCCAUAUGAUUCUACCAGCCGGGAUUUGUGGGUCAAUAUAGACCAAAUGGAGAAAGACAAAGUAAAGAUUCACGGGAUCCUCUCCAAUACCCAUCGACAAGCAGCAAGAGUGAAUCUGUCCUUUGAUUUUCCAUUUUAUGGCCAUUUUCUACGUGAGAUUACAGUGGCAACUGGGGGUUUCAUAUAUACUGGAGAAGUUGUGCAUCGAAUGCUAACAGCUACACAAUAUAUUGCACCCUUAAUGGCAAAUUUUGAUCCCAGUGUAUCAAGAAAUUCAACAGUCAGAUACUUUGAUAAUGGCACAGCACUAGUUGUCCAGUGGGACCAUGUUCAUCUGCAGGAUAAUUACAACCUGGGCAGUUUCACUUUUCAGGCCACCCUUCUCAAUGAUGGGCGUAUCAUUUUCGGCUACAAAGAAAUUCCUGUUGCUGUGUCACAGAUAAGCUCAACCAACCACCCAGUGAAAGUUGGACUAUCAGAUGCGUUUGUGGUCGUGCACAGAAUCCAACAAAUUCCCAAUGUCCGCAGAAGAACAAUUUACGAAUACCACAGGGUGGAGCUUCAGAUGUCAAAGAUUACAAAUCUGUCAGCUGUUGAAAUGAUACCUCUUCCAACUUGUCUCCAGUUUAACAGCUGUGGUCCCUGUGUCACUGCCCAGAUUGGUUUCAACUGCAGCUGGUGCAGCAAACUCCAAAGGUGCUCCAGCGGAUUUGACCGUCACCGGCAAGACUGGGUAGACAGUGGCUGCCCUGAAGAGUCAAAAGAUAAGGUUUGUGAUAAGGAUAUAGACACAACUGAAGCACCGCUGUACUCUACAACCACUCUUAAACUGACCACCACAAAGUUCCGAGUUUUGACAACCACCAGAGGAUUCACCAGCUCCCAACUGCCAACCAGCCUACCCACAGAAGAUGAUACCAAGAUUGCGCUGCACCUAAAAGAUAAUGGAGCUUCCACAGAUGACAGCGCUGCAGAGAAAAAAGGUGGAACACUUCAUGCUGGUUUAAUCAUCGGCAUUUUAGUCCUGGUCCUCAUUGUGGCUGCAGCCAUCCUCGUGACUGUCUAUAUGUACCAACAUCCAACAUCAGCAGCCAGUCUCUUCUUCAUAGAGCGGCGUCCGAGCAGAUGGCCAGCAAUGAAAUUCAGAAGAGGAUCUGGACAUCCUGCAUAUGCUGAAGUGGAACCAGUCGGAGAAAAAGAAGGCUUCAUUGUAUCAGAGCAGUGCUAAAAUUUUUAAGACAGAACACCAGUACUGGUCUACAGGUGUAAGACAUUUACUUUGCAUCUCUAUAAAGAAAAGGAGCCCUAAGCUGCUGAUAGUAAGAAGAUUUUGGAUAAGCUUUGUUCAGGAAGAAAAACUAUCUAAGAUACCAGAUUACCAUUGCACAGUAGCCUUUGUUAGUGGACUGAGACACAGUGGUUCAUGCAGAACACUUGUCAGUGGACACUUAUGGUAUCAGAACUAUGGCACAAGUGCCACAUUAUUGGCUUUAGUAUGGUGGUGCACAGUAAUCAAAAAUAUAAUAAAGCUUUGGUGCACAAGGGGAUUACCCUGUCGUUCAAGUGUUCUUCUCUGGUAUGUCAAAGACUGAGUGACAAAUCUGUACACUUUCAGUGCAAAGAACACUGAUCAGUGUUUACAGGUGAUUGAGAAAAUUAUCUCAGUGCAAGUGAAAAAGAAAAAUAAAAGAAUUUUCCAAUAUUUCUACAAACAGAUGUGGAAGUACACUCACUUUUCAAUGCUAAAAUAGCCUACCCACCUGAGUAAGUAAACCACAAUAUAUAUGCUUUCCAGGAGUAGUACAAUGUUUCUUGUACGUUGCUCAUCAAUAUCCUUUCAAACAAUUCAUGAUAUACAAACUGAUAAGAAAUGAAGGCAACAGAGAAUUUUACAGUGGUGAAAUUGUUAUUUCAUGGGAGUUCACAAUGAAAUUGGGCUGAUUUUCAGUUUCAAUGUUCAUUAAAAAUUAAUUACCAGGUUCUUUUCAAGAGAAAUCUUUCAUUUCUGAGUGGUAGACUAAAGUCAAGGCAAUAGAUCUUUUUUAUCCGACAGAAAUGUUAUAGACCAUUUCUUAGACAGCAUAAUAAAAAAAAAAAAAAAAAAAAA